AGCCAACGAACGCUACGCCAACUAGUAGCCCAGCCAAACCACAGCUUCCCUCCCCUUCCCCCUACUUUUUCUAUUUCCCCUCUCAUAAAUCCUCAACAUGCCGAAGGAGGCCACCAAGCCCAAACGUAAAGCUGCCGAAAAAGCAGAUAAGGCUACAUCUCGCAAGGGGAAGAAGGAUCCCAACAAGCCUAAACGCGCACUCUCUGCGUACAUGUUUUUCAGCCAAGAUUGGCGUGAUAGGAUCAAGGCCGAGAACCCUGAUGCUGGCUUCGGUGAAGUCGGCAAGCUGCUAGGUGCUAAAUGGAAGGAGCUCGACGAAGAAGAGAAGAAGCCGUACGUCGAACAGGCCUCCAAAGACAAGACGAGAGCAGAAGAAGCCAAGGCUGCGUAUGAUUCGAACAAGAAAAGCGCAAGCGGCGAUGAGGAAGAAGACGAGGAGUGAACUCGUUUGUUGUACUUAUUUAUAAUGAUGACCUCUUCUUUUACGACCUUUUCCCGCCGACGGCGUAUAUCCCAAAUUUCUGUUGUGUGCGUGUUACCCCUCUCUAUACAGUCCAUUCGUAUCGUAGUAUCUUUUGUGCUUCCUUAGUGUCUUUGUAGGCCAAUGUGCUUUAAGCAGGGCGGAUGUUGUGAGUUGUAGUCGCAAUUUAUCAUUAUUGUUGUGUC